CAGCUGCUUUCAACAUGUCGUGUAUCUGCUAGGAAAAAUGUUGACAAAAAUAACGAAAACUCGGGUAUUGGAGGUUCUUUCGAAGAAAGCGAUAUAAGCACAAGGUGAUCAUGGCUAUGCGAGACUUUAUCGAUGGUGAAUGUGGUGGGGCGAAUCCCCUUAUGAAAUUGACCACACAUUUCACACAAGAUAAAUCUUUGCAACAAGAAGGGUUCAGAAGAGGUGUUAUUCAUCCUAGAGAUUUAGAAAGAGGUUUCAUUGAAGCUCCCGAACAACAGUUAGUGAAUGAGUUUCUGGCAGAGCAGCAUCAUCAUGCACCACCUCAAACAUUUCGCAUGGAUGCAUUACUUCAUGAGAUGCAAGCAAUUGAAGAUGCACAGUACAGACCAAUGCCUGUCAGAGGCCCUAGAGUUGCUGAGAUAGCCACAGAAGAUUGGGCUGCUGAAUUUCUGACAAAAGAACAACAGAGACCUCCUGAAGAAGCUUCGUGGACAACAGAAUUCUUGGAAAAUCCAAACCAGUCAGCUGUUGCCAAUGUUGUACCUGAUACAAAGUGGGCUGCAGAAUACUUGGAACAAAGUGAGGAUCACUUAUGGACAGAAGAAUUUGAAAAUGCUUACAAAGCAGAAGAUGAAAAAUGGAUUGAUGAGUUUCAUCAAGAUGCAAAGAAAGAUGAAGAAUUAGCACAGACAGCCAAUCAACUUCUAAACUCCUUAGAUGACCCAAGGUUUUCAAACUCUGAGUUUUUGAAAUUUAUUAAGAAGAUAGGUGAUGGGGAAGUAACAAUUGAAAAUAACCAAGUAGUAGAUAAAGGUGAAAAUACAGGGACUUCUUGGGCUCAAGAGUUUUCCCACCAGCAGGGAGACUUAGCUAGUGGCUGGGCUGACGAGUUCACGGCUGAAGCUACGGGGGAUGCUAAAACUGACGCUGAUUUCUGGGACAAAUUACAGAAAGAAUGGGAAGACAUGGCAAACACAGAAGAUCACCCUUGGUUGAGUGAUUUUGAAAAAAUUGUUGAUUUGUCACCAAAGGAUUAUCAGUUUGAAGAGGAUAAUCCUUUGCUGGAUCAUCCUAAUCCAUUUCAAGAAGGAAUUAAGCGAUUAGAAGAAGGUGACUUAGCUAAUGCCGUAUUAUUAUUUGAAGCAGCUGUGAAAACAGAUCCAAAUCAUGCAGAGGCAUGGCAGUAUCUUGGAACAAGCCAAGCCGAAAAUGAACAAGAGUUAGCAGCAAUUUCAGCAUUAAAAAAAUGUAUAGAACUGGAACCCAGUAACCUGACAGCAUUGAUGUCAUUGGCAGUGGGCUACACGAAUGAAUCAAUGCAGCCACAAGCCUGUGAAUCUUUGAAAAGAUGGCUUAAAGCUAAUCCUAAAUAUCAAGGGAUUGAAGGAAAUCCUGGUCUAAAAGCUGAAUAUAAACCAUCAUCUUUUGUAUCAAGUUCAGUGUUUAAUGAAGUACGAAACAUGUUUAUAGAAGCGGCUCGUCAAUCACCGAAUGCUGUAGAUCCAGAUGUACAAAAUGGUCUUGGUGUCCUCUUUAACUUAUCUGGAGAGUUUGAUAAGGCUGUGGAUUGCUUCACUACUGCCCUCAGUGUCAGACCUGAGGAUUCUUUGUUGUGGAACAAACUUGGUGCUACACUCGCAAACAGUAACAAAAGUGAAGAAGCCAUCACUGCAUAUCACCGUGCACUUCAGUUAAGACCAGGAUUUAUCAGAUCACGAUACAACCUUGGCAUUAGCUGUAUUAAUCUUGGUACUCAUAAUGAGGCAAUAGAACAUUUUCUGGUUGCAUUAAAUAUGCAAAAUGCUGUCGGUGGACCUCGUGGAGACCAGUCUGUGAUGUCUGAUAACAUCUGGUCAACACUUCGUAUGGCAAUUUCUUUAUUGGGUAGAAAUGAUCUGUACAAUGCCGCUGAUCAACGCAAUCUUGAUAUGCUAAACAAAGAAUUUAAUAUAAAAACUGAAAAAUGACAGAAUAUUUGUUUUGAUAUAGGCAGAUGAAUGCCGAAUACGGUAGGAUAGAUGGAACGGUAGGAUUUUAAGUGCAUCCAACUCGCACUGUAGUUCAUUCAUUUCAACAUUUAAAUAUGCC